AGUAUAGGUUGCUAACCUGAAUCAUCAUCGACUUGGUUCUCAUCUUCCCUUUCAGCUCAUUUCUCUCUCUCUCUCUCUCAAACAACACUUCCAGGCAUCUGGGCUUGUGAAAUCUCCGUUGUACAUCAUCAAAUGGGGAAAGUUCUUGCGUUAGUUCGAAAUUUUCCUGGGAAAAUUCGUGGGUUCGAACUAUUCUGGGGUUUUGGAUAAGCCUAAACAGGGCGAUAUGCAUUAGGGGUUUGGAACUUAGUGUGAGAAGAUGGAUAAUGCAGGUAUGAGAGGUGGGUUUUUGUCGGGAACGAGUGUGGGAAUUUUAGACCUUGAAACUUCUAUUCAGAGACACCAGCAGGCCCAGAUGAGUAUUCCACCUCAUACCCAUCACCAUCACAUGAAUGUGAUGACUGGUUUUGAGAAUGAUCAUUGCUCCAUUGGGACACUGGAAGCCAAGGGCUCAACCCCAAAAGGCAUUCCAAUAAAUUAUGGUAAAGGGAAGGGGAUUGCUCCUGUUAGUGUUGCAAAUAAUGACAAUAACAAUACUAGCGAUGAGGAUGAGCCAAGUUAUACAGAAGAUGAGAACUUCAGCGGGGCGAAGGGUAAAAAGGGCUCUCCAUGGCAGCGAAUGAAAUGGACAGAUAAUGUGGUGAGACUUCUUAUAGCAGUGGUUGCCUGCGUUGGGGAUGACGGUACCCUUGAGGGUGUGGAAGGGCUGAAGAGGAAAUCAGGGAUUUUGCAGAAGAAGGGUAAAUGGAAAACUGUCUCAAAGAUAAUGAUUAGUAAGGGUUGUUUUGUUUCACCUCAGCAGUGUGAGGAUAAGUUCAAUGACUUGAACAAGAGGUACAAGAGGUUGAAUGAAAUUCUUGGGAGGGGAACUACUUGUAGAGUGGUGGAAAACCCUGCACUUAUGGACUCCAUGCCCCAUCUCUCCGCUAAGAUGAAGGAUGAUGUGAAAAAAAUAUUGAGCUCAAAACAUUUGUUUUAUCAGGAAAUGUGUGCUUACCAUAAUGGAAAAAGCAUACCAAAUUGUCAUGAUAUUGAUCUACAAGGUUAUUUUUCACCCCUUGCCAGAAGUUCAAAGGAUAAUAAUGGAUCUGAGGAGGAAGAAGCUGAGGAAAAUGAGGACUUUGAUGAUGACGAAUUGGAUAACGAAGAGUAUGAUAAUGUUGAUGUGCAUGCACAGAGGAUGGGGCAGUUUCAUCAAAGAAGGAAAGUGAACCAAGAGGAUUGCAGUUUUUGGCCACAGGAUGCUUGUCAGGAUAGUUUUGAAGUUGAAAUAGCUGGGAUUUUUGAAGACCCCACCAAGUCUCUGUGGGAGCAGAAAGAGUGGAUAAAGAACCGGAUGUUGCAACUCCAAGAGCAAAGAGUCACCAUCAUGGCUCAAGGUUUUGAGCUUGAGAAACAACGUUUUAAGUGGUUGAGAUACAGCAGCAAGAAAGGCAGGGAUCUGGAGAAUUCAAGGCUGGAGAACGAGAGGUUGGGAUUAGAGAAUGAGCGAAUGGUAUUGGAACUGAAGCAGAAGGAACUGGAAUUAGAUUCAAAGAGGCCAGAAGCAUCCUUGGAUCCAGCUUCUCUUGGCAUUGACAGACUGCAAGGAAGAGAUCAGAUUGAAUUGGGCAGGAAUCAGUAACUCAUGUGUUGCCCUAGUUGUUGUUAGAAUCAUGUGUGGGGUCCUGCUAAUCCAUUAUGCAAUAAAACCAUAGAAGCUUAAGCGUAAGAAAGGCAUUAACCUCACAAGGGACUUAUAUUGCUUUAGAUUUUAUUGUAGGAAUAUCCAAGAUUCUCAUUUUCUUUUUUUGCAAAGAUUUCUACUGUAAAGUUGAUGAUCCCUUUUUUCUCCACCUUCAACUUAUCUUGUUCUCUGGACCAUGUAAAAGACGUUUGCGUUCUUGUGAUUACCUGAUUGAGUUUUCAACAGUAUUUUUUCCUUUUUUUUUUCUUUUUUUUUUUUCUGAAAUAUUUAACAGUAGAAACUUUGCAUUCUUUUUUUGUAAUUUCAGAAUUGGUGGUUCAAAAGUGCUUCUGAAAAACUCCAAUUGAAUCCAGAUAUUUGUAUAGCACUUAGUUUGCUUAUUUUAUCUGGUGGAUUAUAUUUUUCUUUUA